CUUGACACUCGUCACACAAGAGGAAGUCACAAGCAAUAACAAGAAACUACAAAAUGAAAAACUUAUAAAGAAAUGAUAAAAAGAUAAGCAAACAUUUCUAACGAUUAGAAUUAUUCUGAAAAAUAUACUCAUAGAAUAACAAUAUGGGAAAUCAAUCAGCAAAAAGUGAUAAAAGUUCACCUUUAAACACUGAGGAAACACAAUUUGUCGAUAAUUCCUUCAAAGGACUCACGUCAAAUCAUGACAAACUUAAAUCAGAUAUAAUAUCAACAGCCUGGUCUAAUCUAGUCGAUCCAGAGUAUCUGGCGUAUACCAAGGAAAGUCUGUUUGGUAAAACAGAAGCCAUCACAAAUAAGCCAUAUGUGGAGCACUAUUACGUCGUAGUCAAGGGGAGUCUGUAUGAAAAAUCGAGCUACAUAAAUACGAGAAUCUUUGGCAAUCCUCUAGGAGUAGAAGGAGGCAUUACGCCCGAUAGUCUGCUAAAAUUUGUUUCGUCCGUUGUACGAAGCUAUUUCAUUAUGUUGGACCACAACAAGACGCCACAAUAUAAAAGCUGGUUGGACAGGAAUGUUGUGGCCAAUCGCAAGGACAUCGACAACUACUCCCAGUAUUUACUCAAGGACCUCAUGAAUGUCCAACCUGUGUCCUUAGAUGAACUGGAAAACUGGCUACAUUUCAAUCCCCUGUGGCUGGAGAUGUGGAAGGCAGUUGUAGUUUUUAUUUAUAGUCAAAAAUCUUCCACACGUAUUCCCAGCACGGCUGAAUGCCACCCAAAGACCUUGCCAUUCUGUGAACUGCCUCCGAACUGCAAUCAACUGAAAAGCAUCAUGGAUGUAGGCAAGAUUAUGUUUCUCAGUGAUCAGCUUCCCACUGAAUUCCGAACUAAAUGGCGACUCUUGUUCAAUUCCCAAUUACACGGCGAGAGCUUUGCCACCUUCUUGGGAAAAAUCAUCAAUAAAGGACCAACGGUUCUCAUCAUCGAAGACGAGCAGAGACAUAUUUUCGGAGGAUUUGCUCCUCAUUCGUGGAAUUUACAUCCGAAAUUCGUCGGCAAUGACACGGCACUGUUGUUCACUCUGCAGCCGACGAUGCAGAGUUUCAUUCCCUCGGGCUACAACGAUCAUUAUCAGUAUUUGAAUACAAGUCAGCAAACAAUGCCAAAUGGACUCGGAAUGGGCGGCCAAUUUGAGUACUGGGGCUUAUGGCUGGACUGUGAAUACGGACUGGGACAGUCUUCGGAAACAUGCACCACUUUUAAGAACUACAAACAGUUAUCGGCGAACAAAGCGUUCAAUGUGAGGAACAUUGAGGUUUGGGCUGUUGGUGAGGAGCCCGAGAAGGAAGAUGGAGAUGGACCGCAAAGAUCAAUCCUCGACAAAAAUCUAGAGGAUAAAGUCAUUUUGGAUUUGGCUGGAAGACAGAUGCAUUCGGAAGGCCUUCGAGAUCCUGAUCUAGAAGAUUAGAGGGAAAAUAUACCUAAAAACCUAUAUUUUCAUUCUAUGUAUCCAGCAUCUUUUUUUUUAGAGUUUAGCCUUUUUCUUAGCUUAAAGAAACAAAGUUGUAUUAUGUUCCUUAAUUUAAAUAAAUAUAGUAUAACGCUUAUCUGUUUAAAUAUUCAAA